AUGAAAGAGAAGUCCAAAAAUGCUGCCCGGACUAGGAGGGAGAAGGAAAACAGUGAAUUUUAUGAACUGGCUAAAUUACUGCCUUUGCCCUCGGCUAUCACCUCGCAGCUGGACAAAGCAUCCAUAAUCAGACUCACCACCAGCUAUCUCAAAAUGAGAGUAGUGUUCCCAGAAGGGCUCGGCGAGGCGUGGGGCCACUCGAGUCGCACCAGCCCCUUGGACAACGUGGGCAGAGAACUGGGCUCCCAUCUGCUCCAGACCUUGGAUGGCUUCAUCUUUGUGGUAGCCCCAGAUGGGAAGAUCAUGUACAUCUCGGAGACAGCCUCAGUCCACCUGGGUCUUUCUCAGGUAGAGCUGACUGGGAACAGCAUUUAUGAAUACAUCCACCCAGCGGACCACGACGAGAUGACCGCUGUGCUCACGGCCCAUCAGCCCUACCACUCUCACUUCGUCCAGGAGUAUGAGAUCGAGCGCUCCUUCUUCCUGAGGAUGAAGUGCGUCUUGGCCAAGAGGAACGCGGGCCUCACCUGUGGUGGCUACAAGGUCAUUCACUGCAGCGGCUACCUGAAGAUCCGCCAGUACAGCCUGGACAUGUCCCCCUUCGAUGGCUGCUACCAGAACGUGGGCCUGGUAGCCGUGGGACACUCGCUGCCUCCCAGCGCCGUCACGGAGAUCAAGCUGCACAGCAACAUGUUCAUGUUCCGCGCCAGCCUGGACAUGAAGCUCAUCUUCCUGGACUCCAGAGUAGCGGAGCUGACGGGGUACGAACCUCAGGACCUAAUUGAGAAGACCCUGUACCACCACGUGCACGGCUGCGACACCUUCCACCUGCGCUGCGCCCACCACCUGCUGCUCGUGAAGGGGCAGGUGACCACCAAGUACUACAGGUUCCUGGCGAAGCACGGCGGCUGGGUAUGGGUACAGAGCUAUGCGACCAUCGUCCACAACAGCCGCUCGUCCAGGCCACACUGUAUCGUCAGCGUCAACUAUGUCCUCACGGACACGGAAUACAAAGGGUUGCAGCUCUCCCUGGAUCAGAUCUCAGUCUCUAAACCAGCCUUCUCCUACACCAGCAGCUCCACUCCUACCAUGACUGACAACAGGAAGGGGGCCAAGUCCAGGCUUUCCAGCUCAAAGUCAAAAUCCAGAACUUCCCCGUAUCCUCAGUAUUCGGGAUUCCACACGGAAAGAUCUGAAUCUGAUCACGACAGCCAGUGGGGUGGAAGUCCCCUGACCGACACAGCCUCUCCGCAGCUCCUGGACCCCGCGGAGAGACCCGGCUCUCAGCAUGACGCGUCGUGCGCCUAUAGACAGUUCUCUGACCGCAGCUCUCUGUGCUACGGCUUUGCGCUGGACCAUUCCAGGCUGGUGGAGGAGAGGCACUUCCACACCCAGGCCUGCGAGGGCGGCCGGUGUGAGGCAGGCAGGUACUUCCUUGGAACGCCGCAGGCCGGGAGGGAGCCCUGGUGGGGCUCUCGCGCAGCCUUGCCCCUGACCAAGUCUUCCCCAGAAAGCAGAGAAGCCUAUGAAAACAGCAUGCCUCACAUCGCUUCCGUCCACAGGAUCCACGGGCGAGGUCAUUGGGAUGAAGAUAGUGUGGUCAGUUCUCCAGACCCCGGGUCUGCCAGCGAAUCAGGUGACCGAUACCGCACUGAGCAGUAUCAAAGUAGCCCACACGAGCCUAGCAAAAUUGAAACUCUGAUAAGAGCCACCCAGCAAAUGAUUAAAGAAGAAGAGAACAGAUUGCAGCUAAGGAAAGCCCCCCCAGACCAACUGGCUUCCAUUAAUGGAGCUGGGAAAAAACACUCCCUCUGUUUUGCAAACUACCAACAGCCCCCGCCAACAGGGGAUGUCUGCCACAGCUCGGCUCUUGCCAACACUUCACCAUGUGACCACAUCCAGCAGAGAGAGGGAAAGAUGCUGAGCCCCCACGAAAAUGACUAUGACAACAGUCCCACUGCACUGUCUCGAAUAAGUAGUCCCAAUUCGGAUCGCAUUUCAAAAUCCAGUUUGAUCCUAGCUAAAGACUAUCUACAUUCCGAUAUGUCUCCACAUCAGACAGCGGGAGACCAUCCUGCCGUCUCUCCAAACUGCUUUGGUUCUCACCGGCAGUAUUUUGAUAAGCAUGCUUACACAUUAACUGGAUAUGCCCUGGAGCACUUAUAUGACAGUGAAACCAUUAGAAACUAUUCCUUGGGCUGUAAUGGCUCACACUUUGAUGUAACUUCCCAUCUAAGGAUGCAGCCAGACCCGGCACAAGGACACAAGGGAACAUCUGUUAUAAUAACCAAUGGAAGCUGA